AUUGUGUAGAGGGUAGCAACAGUUGCCCCGGUGAAGGCUAGGCGCCAUAGUCACGGUAGUCCUGGCGACAAGAACCAAGCAACGGGAGUCAACAACAACAACCAAAAUCUAAAGGGGAAAAAAACUUUAACGACCAAAAAGGACAAUACUGGGAUAAAACAGAACUACUGCCUCAAAGCCUUGGUUGCCAUGGCAACUUCUGGAUACUCAGAGGACCUUCAGCCUCAGCAGGCCAACUCGGUAACCAUAGCAACACCUGCUGCCACCACGCCCUCAUCCGCAAAGACUGCACACUUCCUGUCCGAGAUGCCCCCAACCUCUGGAACCAUUUCAGCCGCUAACCAAUCAGCCACCGCCUCUAAAUCAGGACAGGAUGCACUUUGUUCUCAAGCACCUCCCACCCAGGCCCAGAGCCACAAGGCAGUGGUUCUGACUACUCCCACGCAGCACUACGUAACCUCUGAUAUCCAGCAGUCUGUAGUCCAGAAGAGCAAUGGUCAAAGCAACUCGCCCCAGUACAUCAUAGUAACCGUUACAGAGGGCUCUGUUCACUCCAAUGACAGCCUGUCAGAUUCCAGCCCGCCUGCCCCCGGUGUUCCCACUCAGGUGGUCCAACCAGUGCAGACCACCUCACAGCAGAGGUCAGUGUUGCAAGCAGUAACGCAGGCUGCCAAGAGGAUUCAGACAGGCCACAUCAACAGCCUUCAGUCUGUGCACGUUAACCCGGAGGUGGAGCAUGUGUACUCUGGACAGGUGCAGUAUGUGGACGGGGCAGGAGACACAACUUUUACCACGUCCACCAUUCGAUCGAGCAGCUACCCUUUCUCCGACUCACCCCUCUACUCGCAGACCCCUCCCCCGUCCUCCUCCACCUUCUACGAGGCCACGACCAGCUCUGAGUCAGACAUCUCUGCAUCCGUGACCUCACAGCCGGUUUCUGUGGCAACAGCGGGAGCGAAUAGUGGGGCAACUGCUGCGGGUGGAGGAGGCUACAUCAUCCAAGGAGGUUAUGUGUUAGGAGGAGGAGGAGGGGGAGGCGCAGCAGCGGGUGGAGGAGGACAGAGUUACUCCAGCCCUAACUCUCGUGCCCCUCCUGCGACUGUGCAGUGGCUGUGCGAUAACUAUGAGGGGGCGGAGGGGGUGAGUUUACCUCGCUGCACCCUCUACUACCACUACCUGCUGCACUGCCAGGAGCAGAAACUAGAACCUGUUAAUGCUGCGUCCUUCGGCAAGCUCAUCAGGUCUGUGUUCAUGGGGCUACGCACACGGAGACUUGGAACCAGAGGGAACUCCAAGUACCACUACUAUGGCCUGAGAAUCAAGUCCGGUUCCCCUCUGCUCAGACUGAUGGAUGAACAGCAGCACAUGGCGAUGAGGCAGCAGCCCUUCUCACAGAAAAACAGGAUAAAGCCACUUCAGAAGACACAGGGAAUCACCAAUGGGACGUCAGGUGGGGGAGGUCAACAGCAGGGAGGAGCACUUUGUGAUAUUUCUGCACAGGUGCAACAGUACCAGCAGUUCCUAGAAGCAUCCAGGCCACUGCCAGACUUCGUGGACAUGGAUCUGCAAGAUCAAACCCUGCCUGAUGGGAUACAAUUAGAACACCUCAAGGCCUUUCAGUCUCUGUACAGAGAACACUGUGAGGCUGUUCUCGAUGUGAUGGUCAACCUUCAGUUCACUCUUGUGGAGACAUUGUGGAAAUCCUUCUGGAGGUUCAGUCAGACCAAUGAUACAGAAUCACUCAACCUCAACAAUGAGUCUGAGAAACGCUUGCCCAAAUCCUGCCUGGUGGUGCUGUGUAAGUUUGAGCCGGUGCUACAGUGGACAAAAGAGUGCGACAACCUGCUCUACCAGACUCUGGUGGAGAUCCUCAUCCCUGAUGUGCUCAGACCGAUCCCAAGUGCCCUGACUCAGGCCAUCCGUAACUUUGCCAAGAGCCUGGAGAACUGGUUGACAGGCGCCAUGAUGAACAUCCCAGAGGAGAUGGUUCGCAUAAAGGUAGUGUGCAUAUGCUCCUUCUCCCAGACGCUGCGCCGCUACACCAGCCUGAACCACCUGGCCCAGGCUGCCCGUGCCGUCCUCCAGAACUCGGCUCAGAUCAACCAAAUGCUCUCCGACCUCAAUCGGGUGGAUUUCACUAACGUGCAGGAGCAAGCAUCCUGGGUUUGUCAGUGUGAAGACCGUGUGGUCCAGAGACUGGAGCAGGACUUUAAAGCCACCCUGCAGCAGCAAAACUCCCUGGAGCAGUGGGCUACCUGGCUGGAUGGCGUUGUAAGCCAGGUCCUGAAGCCCUACGAGCAGAAUCCUGCCGCCCUGCCCAAGGCCGCCAAGGUCUUCCUGCUCAACUGGUCCUUCUAUAGUUCUAUGGUAAUCCGGGAUCUGACUCUGCGCAGCGCUGCAAGUUUUGGCUCCUUUCACCUGAUCCGCCUGCUGUAUGACGAGUAUAUGUACUACCUGAUAGAGCACAGGGUGGCCCAGGCCAAAGGGGAGACACCCAUAGCAGUCAUGGGAGAGUUUGCCAGCACCAUCAAGAGCCGAAUCUCUCCAGACAUGGAGAAAGAAGAGGAGGAGGACGACGAGGAGGAGGAGAGCGAGGAGGAGAGCGGAGACAUCGUGCUGCAGUCCAGCUCUCUGAGCACGGUGGACGAGGAGAAGGAGGUGAUGGAGCCGCCCACCAAGCAGCCCAGGACAAACUUAAACCUGCACAGUCUGACUGAGACCCACAGCACAGCACCUUAGCCAGUCACCUCUGUGAAUAGCUCAACACCCGACACACACACACACACACCUUCGCUUUACAUUUAACAUCAUGUCAUCUGCUGUCACCCUGCGUUCGCAUCGUGUGUGGUCGUUUGGUGUGUUUGCAACAUGUUUGAAAGUGGGAGAGCCCUUUGCCAAUUUUAUAUUUUGUGUUUUUGUGAUGCCAUUGUUUCUCUCUUUGCCUUCGCCGAAUCAUCGAAAGACCUCCCCUUGUUCCCUGUGCCUUUCCCAGUCUGUUCACUCCUGUCCAGCCUAAACUAUAUAUACAGUGUAUUGUUGAUUCCUUCGUGGCCUUAACCGGCCUUAACCACUGACCUGAUUGCUGUGGAGACGUGACUCAAAUACAUCACUUACAUUGCCUUUAAUGCAAUGACUAUGCAGGAGUGCUGGACUUUAAUUAAUGGCCCUGUCUGAAAUAUACGUAUUUUUAAAUCUAAGAGUAGCAUCUGGGAUGAUACUGGGCUGUGAUCUGAUGGCACACGGAUGUUGGUUGACAGCUGUUUGUGCACGCCAUAUUUGACUUUCCUGAUAAUCUGGCCAACUGAUACUCUGUGCCUUUAAGAGAUUUCGAGCCUGGAAAAAAAAAAAAAAGCUUGUGUUCUAUAUAUUCUGUAUUGGUGGAUUAAUAAAUGAAGGUCCUGUGAAGUUUCGGUGUUGUCAUGAAGUUUUACUAGCUGUUAAAAAAAAAAAUGUUAUAGUGAGAGUCCAGCCUUGUUGUGACUGAUCCUGCCCAGUUUGUUGUUGUUCAUCCAUUCAUCAUCCAUCCAUUUUUUUUUUUCAUGCUUCAAAGACAAACUGCACCACACACAUUUUUGUAGAUGCUGUGCAAGCGCAAGUGGGCCACAGCUCAAGGCCAAAGCUUAUCCCACCUAAUCGGCGGCGUUUACUUUGCUGUAACCAUGGCAACCUUUGUACCAGCUAGAUGUACCAGCUACAGUUAUCUCAGAGUUUUUGUAGUGUAAAAGUAGAUGUUUAUUUUCUCAGUAUCUCUGCUGAACAUAACUGUAGAUAAUCUUUAUUGCGUACCUUCUUGUCAACGUGGUGGUAUAGCCUGAAUCUUUAUAUGUCGUUUGACCAUUAUUGCCUUAAGAAAUGUUUCACGGUAUGUCCGCCAUCCAGAGUAUUGAGCUAUAUUUUUUACUGUGACAACGAUGGGCCGAGCAUGUGAUUUAGAUGGUCCCCUUCCAAAGAGCACACGCUCCAGCAGCAGCUUCUCACGUGGCACGAGCCGCGUUGAUCUCGUGAAAAGCGGCGGAAGCUGGCACGCGAUGGAAACAACAGAAAAUAUUCUAGUCGUAAUGGGAUGUCCCCUCAGGACCAUCUGACGUCACCAAAGAGAACCACACAGAAAACCAACGGUAUGUUAACCCAUGCGUGAGAGCAGACCGCAAAAUCAACUGCUAACUGCCAUGCCCUGGAAAUUGUGACUUGGAUUUUGUCCCUAGCUUGUGCUGCAACCUUUUCUAAAUUAGGUCCUCUUGAUGUUUCUACCUUUGUACCUAAACCUGUGAUCAACGUUUGUAGCUUUAUUCUCACUGUUAACUAAAGAGAUUGCUCUCAAA